UAUUAUUAUUAUUAUUAUUAUUAUUAUUAUUAUUGUUAUUAAAGUUUCAGUGUUCUAUACUUCUAUAUAACUGUGUGUACAUUAUUAGUCAGUCAACACUAUUAUCUUUAAAUUUUCUACAUAUAAUAUUGAGCUGUGUGUCAUUAUCCCUAAUGGAAAUAUCAAAAGUUACUAAGAACAAGGAAGAAGGAGAGAGAGAAGAGACUAUAGAGGAAAUUCUGGCCAAGCUUGAAAAGGUUAAGUAUCCAGGGUCUGGUAAUUAUUACUAUUUUUAUCAAGGAUUUUGGAUUUCAGGUUUUAUCUUGAAAGGUAAACUAUCCCUCCAAACUCAAUUUGUGGCACGAGAUGAUGAUAUUUUGUUAACAUCUUGUCCAAAAUCAGGUAGUCUUUGGUUGAAAUCUCUAAUCUUUUCUAUUGUGAAACGUAAUAAUGAUAAUAAUGAUCUCCUUUCGUUCAGUACUAGUCCACACAAUCUUGUUCGUGCACUUGAAUUAUCAUUACCUGAUGAAGCCAAGCCAAGAAUUAUGAGUGCACAUAGUCCUUACCCUUCAUUACCACCCUCCAUUAUGUCCUCUAAUUGUAAAAUUAUAUACAUUUGUAGAAAUCCAUUGGAUUUGUUUGUUUCUCAUUGGCACUUUGUUCAUAAACUUUUUGGGGAUAUUAAUACUGAACCAACUCACUUGGAGGAGUGCUUUGAUGUGUUUUGUAAGGGAAUCCACUCUUUUGGACCAUUUUGGGACCAUAUCUUGGGUUUUUGGAAAGCGAGUUUAGAGAUGCCUCACAAAAUAUUAUUUUUGAAAUACGAGGAACUUAAAAAAGACAAUGUAUUUUUCAUUAGAAAGAUAGCAGAUUUUUUGGGAUUUCCAUUUUCAACUGAGGAAGAAAAUCGAGGUGUUCCAAAACAAAUAGAACAAUUGUGUAGCGUUGAAAAUAUGAAAAAAUUGGAUGUAACUAAAACUGGGAAACAUUAUUCUGGAUUCCCCAAUAGUGCAUUCAUAAGGAAAGGUGAGGUAGGAGAUUGGGUGAACUAUUUAACACCCGAAAUGGCUGAGCGUGGGAAGAAGCUUAUUCAAGAAAAGUUUGCACAAUCCGGUUUAUCGUUUGAUUUCUAACUUGUUUGUUUUCAUUGUCUAAGGAUGUAAUAUUUAUGAUUUGCCUAAGUCAUUUCCUUUUCAUCCAAUAAGUUACUUAUUUAUUGUUGGUGAUACGUAUAUCUUCUUAUGAAGAGAUGUCAGUUGUUUUCUUUGUCUUAAGAUUGUUGUAAUUUCGUUUUUUUCCAUUGUCUUAAUAAAAUUAUUACAAUCUUUGUUUGUUUCCGUUAAAUAAA